GUAUUUUGCAACCAUUUUGUGCAGAUGUCUGAAUCCAUUUGUCCAAUGUCUGGCUCCGAUUUGCAAUAUGCGGCUUUGUCUUGCAAAGUAUAAAACCCAUUUGGGCGCUCGACCAUCGAUUGGGAUGAUCCGAGGGUCCCGGCGUUCUUACGGAUUGCGAGGAACCAAAGCUUCGUCGACAGCCGAACUCAACCUUGCAGCAUCCCGACGAAUGGCUGCCACGAACUCUGAAAGACCAUGGAAGAGGGUGCGAACCCGAGUCUAUGUGAUAGCCUAAUGCGGCUUGAAUACACCCGGCACUCAGCAAGCCGAAACUUGCUCGUUCUUCCAAAUACUUCGAGAGAAAGUUCGAGAGCACCUUUUCGUUCGGCCUUUUGACUGUGCGUUCCUUCGUUUCGAGAAAGUGUCUUGGAUCUAUGAAUUCCAAAAUUUCGAGUCCGCUGACCGAGCUGCAGGAAGGACCAUGCGCAGGCAUCGUCGGACUUUUUGUUGAGGUUGAGAUUUCGUCCAAGCUGCCUACCUACCUACCUACCUACCUACCUACCUAUCUACCUUUGAUCGCGCACCCUGCCCUGGGAAAACAUGCUCGCCGACCCUGCAUUUGGUUGACCCUUGACCACUGCGCGGCCCUCGCGCAGGGUCGGCUUGAUGCAGACUACCUCAGGGACCAAGGUGUGCCGUCCGUCACUAGGUUAGGUGGAAUCUGCUCAAGAAAGCUCCGUCCAUCGAUGAAGGGUAGAACAUCCUCAAGGUUCCAGGGCCAAAGAACUUUUCGGGGUGAGGGAGGGCGAUCCGGAUACCAUGAUCCGGCCUUUGUCACCGCCCCCGAAUCGGGAUGCCGCGUUGCACGGUCCUGGGUCUGAAGGUAGGGGAGGGGGGAGGGAAUGAAAACCUUCGAUCACAUGCCUUUGUCUAGAUCGACAGGCCCGGAACAAGUGUGGGUUUCUUGUAAGUAGUAGUGGAGCGGGGGAACAAAAGUCCUCGAUUGAGAUCCCAACUCGAUCCCUCCCCUGGGUCGCUGACGUCAAAGGCCCACGGGUAGUAAGAUGUGAGAUUUUGAUCGUGAGAUGCAGUGGGCCGGGGUGUUGUAAGUCCAAGAGAGCCACUUUUUUUCCAAGGUGGAGGGGGAAGGGGGGGGAUGUCAAAUUCCUUUGUACUUGUACGGUGGAUGGAUGGACGGAUGGGU